AUGGUCUCCCCCGAACGCGAAAUCAUCAACGCCCUGAAACUCGACAACCCCUCGGCUCUCUCCAAAGUCCUCCCCAAAAUCCGCGCCUCCCCCCGCGAAGAUGAACUAAUCGAGCUGAUCCUCUACGAAACAGCAAGCAACGGCUACCUGAAGAGCUACCAGCUCGUCGCGGAGCAGGUCUUUCGGCACGCCGUCGACGUCAAAUCGUCCAUGCGGAUCCCGCCUGCGAUUCGCGCGUCGAUUCGUAAGGGCCAUCGUGCUGUUGCAGACGAUCUGGUCGCGAGGAUUCUGGACAUGGCGCAACCGGAGCCGAGGCGGUUCUUGAUGGUUUGUGCGUUCCAUUGUGCGGUUGCGGCGGAUGAUACGGCGAUUGUCGAGAGGAUUCUCAGGGAGGAGAUUCUGUAUGCCGAGUUUCAGAAGGCCAUGAGUGGUGCCGCGGAGAGUUGUAGUAUGGAGGUUAUGACGCUGCUGCUUGAUGGCCUGCUCGACGACGAGAAGACGCGCAGCCGCGCUCCUUGGAUCCAGUCCAAGACGGAAGAGGAGAUCCAGCAUAAUGUUCAUCUCUUGCAGGCGCAAUGCCUGAUGACCGCCCUCUGCAGCGCGAUCGGGGCCGGGGCCCAUGAGGUCGCGGCAUUUCUGCUUCAGCCAUAUCUUGAGUGUCUCGAGGACAUCAGCCCAGUCUCCCACGAGAACUUUAACAAGACGGAGAUCUUUACGGGCCUUGAUGACGAGGUGUACCUCCUCCUUGGGCGUGAGGAGUGCAAAAAGCUUCUCGCUGCUGGUGUUCCAGUCUUUGCUGGGAGGCGUAUUGAUCGGUGUCUGAAGAUGGAUAUUAUGCCCUAA